UCACACAAUGGCAGGUACAAAACUAGCAACUCUAUGGUUCAUUGUAUUCUUGAGUAUUGGAUUAGCCAAUGCUGGAAGGGUGGCUAGAUACUCUAGUUCUCAAGGAACAGGAUCUGGAGGGGGCGGAGGUGGGGGUGAAGUGAAUGGUGGUGGCUCAGGAUCGGGGAGUGGAGGUGGUUAUGGCCAGAGUUCAAGAAGCGGUGCGCAUGCAAGCAGUGGAGGUGGAGGUGAAGGGGGUGGCGGUAGCCAAUACGAUGGUACUGGAUCUGGUAGCGGGUCUGGUGCCGGCUCCGGCUCGGGUGGAUAUAGUGAAGAUAUGUAUGAAGGUGAUGUUGCUGGAUCUUCUAACUCUGGCGGUACCGGUGGUGGCGGUGGUGGAGGACAAGCAACCGGAGAUCAUUAUGGAUCUAGUGGCUAUGGAUCUGGUAGUGGUAGUGGAUCAGGCUCUAGCGAUGCAACUAAUAAAUACUAUGAAGAAAAUACCUAUGCAAAUGCAUAUUCCAAUGGUGGUGGCGGUGGCAGCGGACAUGGCACAAAUGGUGGGAGUGGAAGUGGCAGCGGCACUGGAUCUGGUUUUGGCAAUGCCAACCCGUAACACUCUUGAUCAUGCUAAUCAAAAUAUGAAGCCCAACCUUCUCUAUGUCGAGUGGGUAUCAUAUAAUUUAUUUUAAUUUGUUUGUACCUUUAAUGAUGUUUAUUACAAGAAAUAAAGGGUUUCAUCAUUCCGAUAAAACGUUAGUACUGUCAGAACAAGAAUAUUGCGUGACUAUGGGCUUCUCUAAAUGUAGCAUGUGUUCCAUCACUGUAUAUCUAGUUAUUU